AAAGGAAGCUGCUGGGAGCAAAGAAGCAAGCGGCUACAAUCAUUAAUGGCAGAAGCAGAAGUACUAAAGCAUGAGAACUUCAUUUAUCAUGAACUGCUAGAAGCUGCACGGAAAGCGAACACUGACUACUUCAUCAAUUCGCUAAAAAUAAUUUCAAAAGAGGAUCUCUCAGCCAUCUUUGAUCAAGUAGGCCCGUCAGGGAAUUCAUUGCUUCAUGUCGCGAUAAGUUCCGGAAGCAAGGAGAUCGCCAAACUCAUUGCUUCUGAAUUUCCUUCACUCAUUGUCAAGAAAGAUAUCAAAGGCAAUACAGCUCUUCAUUUGGCUGCUAGAAGUGGAAUGCUUGAUAUAACUCGAAUUCUUACAUGUCCUGACGCGGAUAUUUCUUCAGGAAUAUCUUCUUUCUCUUCCAGGAAAGAUUCUGCAGAAAGCACUCGUGCUAGUCAGUUACUGAGGAUGAAAAAUGUGUAUGGGAACACUGCUUUGCACGAGGCUGUGAUGAAUGGUCACCAUGCCGUGGCUCAAUUUUUGGUUUCUGAAGAUCCCGAAGUGCGGUUUUAUCAGAAUUUACAAGGCUGCUCUCCACUCUGUAUUGCUAUCAAAAAAGGGUAUCAAGAAAUUCUUCAGUCACUAUUGUCGAAACUUCCAACUGGGCACGAUGACUCUUUUGAAAGACUAGAAGGAAACUCAGCAGCUUAUGCUGCCAUUAUGGAAGGAAAAUUAGAUAUGCUAGAAGAGAUGGUGAAGGCAAAGCCAGAACUAUUGAGGUUAAGAGAUAGAAAGGGACGAAGUGUACUUCACUGGGCAGCAUACGAAGGUAAGGUUGAUGCAGUCCGCUUCAUUUCGAGUCGGUCCAAAAGUAGGAUGUUUGAAAUGGACAAUAAGGGCUUCCUUCCUAUCCAUGUUGCAACCGAAAGAGGUCAUGUUGAUGUAAUUAAGGAGCUGUUAAAGCAGUGGCCAUGUCCAACCGAGUUGCUCAACAAACAAGGUCAGAGUAUUCUUCAUGUUGCAGCAAAGAGUGGCAAAAGUCAUGUGGUAAGAUACAUACUGGAAACUCCUGCCCUCAAGGAGCUAUUGAAUGAGAAAGACAUCAAUGGAAACACUCCAUUACAUUUGGCAGCUACUCACUCUCAUGUUGCUGUUGUGCUACUCACGCGGGACAAAGAAAUUAACUUAAACCUUCUCAACAAUCACAAUUUGACUGCUUUUGAUCUCUGUCCAAAGAUCUCCAGCGGACCGCCAAGAGCUCGGCAUGUAAGAAUUGAACGAAAAGUUGUUAGUUCAGCUCUAUAAUGCUUUACACAUUAAAUAAAUAAUGUAGUGAAGGAAUGCAACUUUG